GAAUUUCUUCCCAUUUUAAAAUUUUUUUAUGGAUAAUGAAGAAAUAAAAAAAAAAAAAAAGGAAUUUCGGAAUCUCUGGAUUUUGUUUGCCCGCCUUGAUGGCCGAGAAAGAAAUAAAGAUGGGAUUUUUAAGCUCCACCCAGAAACAACUUACCCUGUUGCUGAGUUCAGUCCAAACCCUUGUAAUCGCUUCUCUGAUCUCGACACGUGGUGAAGAUCAAAGGAUUUGAGGAUCAUCCCUCAUCUGAUUGGACAAAAUGCAGAUGGGUUUUGGUGUGAAGGUAGUUUUAGCAAUGCCCUUUUGGAUUUUAGGACUAACCACCAAAGAAGAACACACUCCUCAACGGUUUAUGUGUUCUAUUUUGGCCACACAAGAACAGAAACUGAAAAGAAACGAGAGAUUCAGAGGGAGCUAUGAUGGUGGAAAAUGAAGCUCAAACUCAAGCUGCAGCAGCCAUGGAUGAAGAAGCCAUUUCUGUGGAGCUUCCUGCCCCAGCUACCUGGAAGAAACUGUUCAUACCCAACAAGGCAGGUACACCUAGGAAGAGUGAAAUUGUAUUCAUUGCUCCAACUGGUGAAGAAUUUAGUAGCAGAAAACUGCUAGAGCAGUACUUAAAAUUGCAUUCUGAUGCUCCUGCGAUAUCCGAGUUCGAUUGGAGCACGGGUGAGGCACCUAGAAGAUCUGCAAGAAUUAGUGAGAAGGUCAAGGCGACUCCGCCGAAAGAGGAGCCUCCGAAGAAACGGAGUCGAAAAUCUUCUGGUUCUAAGAAAGACUAUAAGGAGGAAGCCAUUGCAGCUCCCUUAGUUCUUGAAGAAAUUGAAAUGAUUGAUGUAGAGGGGAAUGAGAAGGAUAAAGACGGUUCUGAUACUCGUCGAGCUGAUAAUGGAGAUAACCCGAAAGACGAACCGAAGGAAAGUGAAAAAGGAGAUGCUGAUCCAGACAUAAGGAGUAAAGAUGAGAGGGGUUGUGAUGCUGGUGAAGGUGAAAAGCAAGAUCAAAAUGAAAGUUCCGAUGUAGUUGUUAACUCUGAAUUUGUCGGUAUCGACGAAACGAAUGAAAACGGUGGCGAAACGAACGGUCAAGAUGCGAUUCAAGUGGAAACUGAGGGAUUGGAAGAAGCUGAAAAUCAAGGAAAUGAAGUAGCAGAAAUAGUCAUACCUACUGCAUACUUUGUUGCUGUUGCUAGUGAGGUUAACCAAUGCAUAAAUGAAAACGAAAACGAAAACGAAAACGAUCCUGGCGAUGUCGCCGUUCAACAAGCGAACGGAGUCAUGGAGGGAGUUAAACAGAAUGAUCAGAACGAAACUGCAGCCACACCAGACAAUGUGACUAAGGGUAAUGAAGAUGUUUCAACAAAUGGUGCAAAAUGUAACGUUGAGGCCGAGGACCGAAGCGUUGAACACGAUAACUUGAUGAAAGAAAAUGGUAAGCUUUAACUAGGACGAUCGAUGGAUCGAUGCAGUGCAUAUCACAACUAUCUGCUGACUUUUUGGCGGUCUCGACGACUCGAUCUUUGUAACAAGCGUUUACGCUCUCCCAUGGUGACGGUAGCUUUAGUUUUCGUAUGUAUUUACCGAAAAGAGAACUUGUAGUUGUUAGAUUUAGAUAUUAGAAUCUGUAGCUUUUGUUCUUUUUUCUCACCAGACUUCUUUUGACUGUAGAAUGUUAAUGUUCAUCGGCCUUCUAAUUUAA